AUGAAUAAUAACAAUAUGGAACAAAGAACCAAAGAGUUAGAGAUUAUCUUGAAUGAGUUUUUCACUCUUGAUGCUUCGAGUCCCAAGAGAAAGGAAUUAGGUAAGCAAAGCAAAGCAAAACAAAGCAAAACAAAUCAAUCUUAUUAUGUUUUCCUUACAAACUAUAAAUCACAAAAGGAUUCUUAUGAACAUGUAAAAUACUAUCUUACUCAUACCAACAAUCAAUAUGUCUUUUGGUUUUCAUUGUCUAUCAUCGAGGAUAAAGUUACAAAGUCAUGGUCAUCUCUAUCCACCCAAGAACAAAAUGAAUCCAAAGGUUUUAUAUUCGAUCUAUAUCUUAAUAAUAAGCUUGGUCAAGUGAUUGCCGAUAUAGGUAGAAAUGACUUUCAUUUGAACUCUCAAGAAUACAUAUUAAAUAUUACGAAUUUAGUGAGAAAUUCACAAACUAGUUUAAGAGGAAUCAAUCUAUUACAAUAUAUAUCAGAGGAAUUUAUGACAAACAAACAGGUGUUGUCACAACAAAAGAAGGAUCAACUAAAGAAGCUCCUAUUGGAACAGGUACCAACUAUAAUGGAGGUAUUGACAAAGUAUCUCGAUCAACUUUUCAUACAGAACGCACAGAAAAAGCUAAAGAACGAAAGUUCUCUACCUUUUCAUGUCGGUUCGCCAGAUACCAACACCUACACCGGUAGUUUCAGUGUAGAGACAAAGAAUUUAACAAAAGCUGUUUUUGAUGCUUUGUUAAGUUAUUUCAAUUGGAUUCCAUUAAAUGAAUUGUUGACUUCAUCGCUUUUAGAUAUAUUGUUCAAGUAUCUGAGGUUGGAGAAGAGCAGUAUUCCAGCAUUGACAUGUCUCAAUGAAAUCCUAUCGAAAAACUGUGUGCCCAAGGAAUUUGAAGAGUUUCUCAUACGUAUAUUCCACCAGAUCUACUCGCUGAUGACAGAGAUCACAUCGAUUAAGCGAAUCCUGCAUGCAUACAACAACCAACUUUCGCAACUCGAAGAAUCCGAUGACAUUAUCGAUAACGAUAUGGAACCAGUCGAAUCACAGCGAGAUCUAUUCAUCAAGGAUUGUAUUGAUAUCAUUAUAAAGAUCACUGAGAUCUAUCCAACCAAAGGUUUAGAGAAUUUGUAUCCAUUGUUUUCACAAAAUGUAACAUCUUUCUUUGGAAAAACUGAUGAAAUGAUUAAGCAAGGUGUUUUGGAUCACGAUCAAAGUAUCAAUGUCAAUCUUGUUAGGGAUGUCACUACAAUCUUUCAGUUGUUUGGAAGUCUAACUCACCAAUUUGGUGCACUCUUUGUUCAAACAUUUACUGCCGCCAACUUUAUUUUCCAAAAACUGAUGGAUAUGUGUGAAUUCUGUUCAAUGUAUUCCAUUUAUAAAUACGGUUCAGAUUGGGAGAGAUUAUAUAUCCAAUUAUUUACUACGGUGAGAUCAUUUAGUUAUUGGUUAGCUGAAUAUGGAAAUCAAGUUAGAUUACAACCAAAUCAACAAGCAGACUUUGAUAACAAUAUUCAAAGACUGAUCAAUAAUAUCAUUGUUCCAAUGUUCAAUAGAGCAGUACCGGAGAAGAUCAUCAUUUGUGCAGGUAGAUUAUUGAUGUCACUCGCCGCAAUUACAAAACCACUCAAUCUCUUCACCCAAAUGGACUCUGUCAUAAGUAAUAUCCACAAUAUCUGUGCACCACUUCCACCAGCUGUCCAAAGUGUCAUCUAUGCAUCCAUCUCCAACACCAUCUUGAUUCCACCAUCCAACGUAAAUCUAAGUCAUCAAUGGGAUUUAAGAAGACCAAAGUAUAGUCCAUUCAUUAAAGGUAUCACAGGACCAUAUCUAGAGAUUCCACAGAUUCCAGACUUUAUCGAUAAAAAGUUGUAUAUGAAGGAUGAAGUGAUUCAAAGAGUCCAAAAGGUAUUGAAGAUCCUGACAACCAUCAUCACAUCGGUACCAGACUCGAAUCAAGCCAAGGGAAUCUUGCAUGACGCCAUUCAAGAUACUCUGCAGGUGACUCUCGGUCUCUUUAGAAUCUACAUCAACAAUCCCGAUAUUCUCGAGUCAAUUUUGGACUUCUUCUUUACAUUGUUUGAGGCACUCAAAGCAAAGGUCGGUGUGCAGUUCACCCAGCAAACAAUAAGUACAUUCCUCGAGAUACUCGGUGGCGACAACAUCAAGCAACUACUGAUGGGCUCCAGCGAGACUGGCAAUGUCAUCAUCAAGAAGCUCAUUGAAAUCCUAACAUUUGUAAUUCAAACCUAUGGACACGCAUUCGAAACAUUGCUAUCAUCAAUCAUUAACUUUGCAAUGGAGAAGAUCUAUGCGGUCAUCAUCAACACCACCUCGCCUCUGAAACCUCUCUUUUUCACUCUCCUCUACUCGAUACUCGAUAAUCAUUGGAAAUACUUUUUCCCCGCCACCACAACCAACGCCAAUGCCCUGAUGCUCGGUAACACUAGCAACAGUAACAGCAUUACUUUAAAUAGCAACAACAACUCCUCCAAUUUAAAUAAUAACAACAAUAGCAACAACAACAACAAUAACAACACUCCAGCACAACAACAAUUUAAUUCGAUACUAGUAGCGUUCCAAACUACCUUCCAACAAAAUGAUCUCUACGAAAAGAUUUCUCAACAAGAGCCAGUCUUUGGAUGUUCAUUCAUCAACACCUUCUUCAAUGUCUUGAUCUCAAAGUCUCAAAGUGUCAUGGCCGAGGAAAUCAUUAAUACAAUCUAUCAUUUUGCAUCUGUAAAUUUCAAUAAGUUCUUUAACGAGUUCUUCACUGCCUUCCUUGGAGAAAAAAAUAUAUCAAUCGAACAAAAGACUUUAAUUAAAGCAAACUUUACAGAGGACAAAGAUCAUCCUACAUUCAAUAGACAUAUGAGCCAGUUUGUUAAUGAUUUCUCCUAUUAUACAUAUUUAAAUAGUUAA